AUGACGCUUGGCCAGAAGGUCCAGGAGUUCUUCUACUCCCUCAGCACCAGCGACAAGUACGCAGAGUUCGACCCCAGAAACUCGUUCAACCGUGUCAACAAGCCUGACGAGGCCAAGUUGCUCUUCUCCCACCACAACCACUCGGCUACUGAGUUCAUCAGUGGACACGAUGCCGACGCUGCUGCCGAAACUGCCACUGACGCUGGCGUCCACGAGGUCAAGUUGGCAUGGCGGCACAUCAACAACUGGAUGGUGCGCUACGCGCCAGACCUCCAUAGCUCGCUCCAGGACAAAUGCACCAACUCCGACUUGAACGACUUCCAGAAGGACUUGAACAUCAAAUUGCCGCCGUGCGUGGUCGAGUUCUACAAGCUCACCGAUGGCCAGUCCAACUUCGGUACCACGUCCACCACCUCGGGCGAAGGCUUGGUGUUUGGGCUCAAGUUGAUGUCCUUGGACGAAAUCGUGAUCAUGACAGAAAACUGGCGCAAGGUGGCACGUAUGUUCAACGACGAGUUGUCCACCAUCAAGCAAUCGCACAAAAUCAGCGAGUUGGCCAAGUUGCCCACCAGCUACGCCCAAAACCUGGCGGUGAAGAAGAAGUUCACUAACCCCGAUGCUGGUAGUCAAACCUCGUCUCGCUCGUCGUCCUCGGCCUCCAGUGCGUCUACGACGUCCCCACACCUCAACCUUCCCGUCCAGAAAUCAAUCCCGCCUGGUGCCAUCCACAACUCGUUUGCCCAUCCCAUGUGGAUCCCCAUCAUCACCGACGAGGUCGGCAAUUACAUCGGCAUCGAUCUCUCUCCUCCUCCAAACGGGUCAGGCACCUAUGGCCAGGUGAUCUUGUUUGGCAGGGAAUUCGAUACCAAGUUCAAGAUUGCUGAUAACUUUGGCGAUUUUCUCUUGAUCUUUGCCAACGACUUGGAGAUUGGAAACUGGGAUAUCAAAACCAGACAAAAGAACAACUACGGAGAUAUCAUCCUCGGUAACGAGGGAUCUUUGGUUUACAUGGACAAAGAAACGAAGUUGGAAGUGGGCUACCUCGAUAUCUUGAAAAGAAGAAGCAUCAACAACUGGCUAGUUUCUUUGCAAAAAGCAGAUGCCGAGCUUGAUGAAGAAACAAAACAACUUAUCAUUGAGUUGAAGCGUAAGGAAUCAUUCAUCCAGGACUUCAAAAAUGGAAACUCCAUCGACGAGCUUAUCAACAAAAACAUCUCAAGUAUCGACACCUUGAACCAACCGUUGAAUAGCGCAAAGAACUCGUCGGAGAGUUUACCCAGAACCUCAAUUGCUUCGCAAUCCAGUAUUGGCUCCAGCUCACAUAUUCCCAACAUAAAAAGUCCCUUGUCCCAAGACGUAACUGACGAGGUAUUGAAAGAGAUCGAUUUGAACCGCCAGCGGGAUACUACAAACAAAUUAACGGAGAUUGGGUUUUAA